AUCGCCAUCGCUCAUGGACAGAUAACAUCAUGGCAACGCAAGCAGCAGCACGCGGAGGAGCGGUGGCUGCUAGGACUACCGGCAGAGCUGCUCUGCUGCCUGCAAAGUCGGCCGAGGAACUGAAAGCGGACAGACCACGCAUCAAACAAUUGUAUCGUGCUGGCCUUCCCCGUGCAGCGUAUAAUCUCAUCAACAUCUUCUCCAAUCGGCCCCUAACGCCUAAUCAACGCGCUCCAACGGAAUCCACACUGUCUCCUAAUCUCGACGAUCGAAUUGGUGCUGCCAAUGCCAGACUGGAGGAGGUGCUGGGAAAGCCAUUGAAGGCCCCAGAAAAUCAUACAACUUGGGUUAUCCAGAGGAGAGGGCAACAUAUUCCAACGGGCAUUAUUGCAAGAGACCUCAAGAACAGAUUCUGGCAUCGUAUGUUCAAGGGUAGCAGGGAUGCUGCACAGGCUAUCAACCAGGGCAAGCGCUCAAAGGACUCAGAAUCGGAUGCUAAAUAAGUCGCUGUUUGAAGUUGCCAUGUAUACGGUGGGAUGAGGCAGAUCAUGAUCAGCCCCGCAUUUGACAGAUGCCUUGUGCAUUUGUCCUGUACUCUUAGAAUAGAAUGGCUCAGAUAAUAAGACCAUCCAUAUAGAAUCAUGCUUCCGUGGGCAAAAGGACAUGAUCCCUUUGUUGAAUACUUCCGCCGGUUGAAGGGACGAUUUUCUGCUUAACUUCCUCUCAAGCCAUACCA